AUCAUUAUAUGAAUAAGGCUGGAUACCAGAUUUCUUGGAAGAUAAAACGCAACAUGGAUCCUAGCAAUGAUUAUCAGUUCCUUCAUGAUAUUCUGGGGAAAACUGUGAAAAUCACCCUGAAAUGUGGCACAUUUCAGGGAGUGCUACAACAUGUGGAUUCCUGCCAAAGUAUCUUUCUGAAUAGAGUCAAGAAUUUGGAAAGUGGCAGACAAGCACCAGGAGUAAAGAUGUUUUUUGGUCAUGAAAUUCUUAAUGUGGAAUUGCUUGAUGACCUAGAACAAUGUGCUGGAAGACAGACAACUCCCACCAUGCCCAGGGAAAUUGCAACUACGGAAAAAUCUGCUGUGGAUGGGGGAGAAGCAUCAAAACAAAGCACUGAGAAUUCUGAUGUCAUGUCACAAGAGAAGCAACAGCUGAGUUUGCAUAACAUCAAAUAUACCUUUCCAGAUGAAAACAAAGGGAAGGACAUAGAAUAUGUUGUUAUUGAUCAGUUCCAGAGGAAAUUUGGUUCUGCUAUGAUACACAUCAAAAAGCAAAGUGUAUGUAGUAUAGCAGCAGAAGGUGUGAAUCUGUGCCGUCAUGGAAAGCUCUCUUGGCUGCAGGUUGCAACAAAGAGUCAUAUUUUUCUAUUUGACAUUUUCAUACUGGGAGCUCAAGUGUUCAAAAAUGGACUCCAAAUGAUACUAGAAGAUAAGAACAUUUUGAAAGUUAUCCAUGACUGCCGGUGGCUUUCUGAUUGUCUUUACCACCAGUAUGGAAUUGCGCUCUCUAAUAUUUUUGACACACAGGUUGCUGAUGUCUUGCAGUUUUCAAUGGAAACAGGUGGCUUCCUUCCCCACCGCAUCAGCACUUUGCAGGAAUGCUUAAUGCAAUACCUGGGAAUGUCCUACAAGUCUGUGUCUUUCAUGGAACAAAGGCAGUGUGCAGUUAAGAAAAAUCCUGAGGUAUGGUUUAUGAGACCCCUUCCACCAGCAUUGCUCAAUGUAUUAGCUCUGGAAACGGCAUACCUCCUCCCUCUCCGCUUGAAGCUUCUUGAUGAAAUGAUGUCCGAUUUAACAACUUUGGUGGAUGGAUACCUAAAUGCAUUUCGGGAAGGAUCUGCAGACUCUCUUGGGAGCACUGAGAUUUCCUGCAUGGAGCUACCACAAGAGCUAAGAAAAUUGGCAGAUGUUCAGAAGGUACGAAGACAGAAUGCUGUGCAGAAGUUUCAGCUGAAUGAGGAUGGUUUCCUUCUCAGAAAACAAGUAGCAUAAUCUGAAACAUUCCAUGCAACUUCUAUCCAUCUCUGGGACCAAGUCAGUCAGAACAAUUCUGAAAAAGAAAAGCAGAAAAUAUAUUUGUUAUAAUUAGGGGAAUCAAAAUUUGUAGUAAUAUAGAAUCUGAAAUUAGAAACAAGAGGCCCAAAUGAUUCUGCUUGUUGUAAAUCAGAAUUUGAAGAGACUGAGCUGAAUUUGAAGUGCCUGCCUUCAACAUUCAAAACAAACAAAAGAUGUGUUGCUUUAGAAGGAGAAAACAGACAGUGAUUAACAAAAGACAAGCAUGGAGAAAUGAAAGCUCCUUCUACUUCUGGCCUUUUACCUUCAAAAAAUUAACAGUUCUCAGUUCUUAUUUAAAGCUGUUUAAGAUUGCUUUUGAAUCCUGUAGAGCCAUCUUGUCCAGAGCCAUGUAGCAGAAUCCCUUUUUUAAAUGCAAGACAAUUAUCCACAGGUUACUGUAACACUUAAGGGGGAAGAAAGUGAUUCAAUACUUCACUUUGCUCUAUGUUCAGAAUUUCGCUACUGGCUGUCAACCUCAAGAAGUGGAACAAAAUAGCAGGAACUGUUUCUGUUAGAACCUCUGUGUUUCCAACCAUACUGGAAGACUUCCAUUAUGAAACACAGAAGCAUUUGUGGUAUUCAGUGUUCCUUAUCUUGCUGCUGUGUGGACCCACCUCAUGUAAACACAAUGGAUGUAACUGGCAUUAUUAAUAUUUCUGUAGAUAAGUCCCAUAUUUUGAGAGUAUUGCAAAGGACUACUGAGCUAUGUUAAAUCAGAAUAUCCCAAAUUGUACAACUAUGUCUGAAGUUAAUGUUUCCAGUACUGUUUGGGUGUGGGGAGGAGUUUUCGCCCCUUGUUUAUGCAACAUAUUACAUUAAUUUUUAAAAAUAACUGUGGAGACACUCACUUGUCCUAUGCAUUUGCAUUGCUGGAUGCCUAUAAAGUAUUGGCCUGGGAUAGUUGGCUGUUUACCCAUAAUACAAAAUGUGCAGCAAUGUAUUUGGAACAGAUGUUCCACUGAGAUUGUGAAAUUGUCUCGACAGCAAUACAAGGUUUGUUUAUUGCGCACUUUCCAAAAGGUUAGCUAUGUUAGCUUGUUGCAGCAAAAACAACAGACUUUUGGCAUUGUACAGAUUUAAAUUUGGAAAAUGUUAUAGUCUUUAAGAUGUCAAAAUACUGUCAUGUUUAUUGUACAAAGUAUUAAUGGAAAUCUAAUAUUUGUACAGUAUGACCUUAUAUGAAGGGAACAGAGAGCUGUUUUUUCUAAUAAAAACUACAGCCUCUUCCUAAUCUCUACUCUGAGGAAAGUUUGACUGCAGUUGAACAUAGAUGCAAGUAUGGAAGCACGUUAUAAGCAUAAUAUGUAUAAAGUCUGUUAAAAAACUGCAUGAACUACACUGCAUGAAAUGUUGUUUUCAAUUACUGUGUUCCAGGUUUCAAAAAUAACUUUCUUUUGUUUGGAAAAAAAGAGAUGAAAAAGGGUCUUGAAUCAAGUAGCAUAAUAGCAAUAAAACUAUAUUAAGCAUGUGAUCUGAAAUUUGCUUAUUUGAACACAGGCUUAACAUGGGGGAGGUGUAGAUUUGAGCAA